AUGAGGCUAUGGAAAAGGGCCACCGGAGCUCUGAAAGACAAGUACAGCAUUUGGGUUGCAAAGAUGUCACCGUGUGGCCCUUGCCGGAACCCUGAUCUUGAAACAUUCAUCAUAAAGGCCACAAGCCAUGAUGAACAAUGCAUGGAUUAUAAGAACGUUCAAAGAGUUUUCCAAUGGCUACGUACAUCACCAUUAUACCUUAAACCUCUUUUGUAUGUACUCUCUAUGAGAAUGGAAAAGACUCAUAGUUGGGUUGUUGCUCUUAAAGGGUUAAUGCUUGUUCAUGGCAUUUUUUGUUUUGACCUACCAAAUGUUCAAAAGAUGGGAAGGUUGCCUUUUGAUUUAUCACACUUCAGUGAUGGUCAUGUAAACCCUGAAAAAGCAUGGGUUUUCAAUGCUUUUGUUCGUUCAUAUUUUGCAUAUUUGGAUCAGAAAUCUGCUUAUGUUCGCUUGGGGGAAAAGAAACAGAACAAAUAUGGGAAGGAAACAGAGGAGACAUUGAUGGAAGAGCUUCAGAAUUUGGAAAAGUUGCAGCGUCUUAUUGACAUGCUUCUACAAAUCAAGCCUCGGCAUCAGAAUAUGAAUGUGGUACUUAUUCACGAAGCCAUGGAUUGUGUUAUUGAUGAGGUUUUGGAAGUUUAUGGUAAAUUUUGCAAAGAUAUUCGUAGAGUGUUGUUGAGGGUAUGUGAUAUAGGUGGGAAAGAAGAAGCACGUGUUGGGUUUGAUGUUGUGAGAAAAGCUGAAAUGCAAGGUAAUAAGCUUUCUUUGUACUUUGAUUUUUGUCGAGACAUGGGUGACCUUAAUGUCUCUGAUUACCCUGAAAUUGUGAGGAUCCCUGAAAAUGACAUUCAUGAACUCGAGAGAAUAAUGAAUGGGGUCUCUGAGAAGAAAAGCUUGGAGGGUAAUAAUGGUGAUGUGGUAAAUGAGGACAAGGCCAUUGUGGUUAGAGAUUGCAGUGGCACUGUUAGCAUUUCUGAGCAGAAGCAAUCAGAGAAAGGUUUGAUGACUGUGAUCACUAACAAAUGGGAGUUAUUUGAUGAUGAUUUAUUAGUUGGGGUUAAAGAAAAUGCUUCCAAUGGUACAAGUGCUAUUGCUAAUGCUACUACUAACCCUUUUCUGGAAUCUUAUAGCAUUGUACCUUAUGUUCCUGCUUAUAAUCAUGUACUUCCAGAUCUAAUUUGUUUAUAA